UUGACCCCCAGAAAGUUCUAGAAAUCAAUAUUUAUUCCCUUCAUAGUUUAGACCUUUUCUUUGUUUCAUCAUCAUCAACAACCCAAAAAGAAGAAGCAGCAAAAACCCUAGACUCUGAAUCAUGGAUCCUCAACCCGAACCAGUCAGCUACAUCUGUGGAGAUUGUGGAAUGGAAAACACUUUGAAGCAAGGAGAUGUGAUCCAGUGCAGAGAGUGUGGUUACCGUAUUCUUUACAAGAAGCGAACCCGCAGAAUUGUUCAGUAUGAGGCACGCUAAGAGCAGAGCAAGGAUGCAUAUCUGGCACAUGUGAGCAUGGCAUUGAAGCUGUCUGAAAUAGCAAGCAAAUGGGUGUGGUUUCUAUGUAGUUUCUGAAGCAGAAACGAUAGUAAGACCAUAUAUAGGACUGGUUUAGUAUAGUUCUUUAAAACUAAUCACAUCAUUGUUCGAUGGUGCAAGUCUGUUUGUGACAUCUUUGAACAGUUAAUGGAUUAAAACCUAUAAACAUGUGGUUGUAGUGUUUAAUAUUGUGCUGCAUCCAAUCCAUAUGAUUGCUUUAGCCAUUGUAGAACGUGUGGCUUUGGAUUUA